AUCCCACUACUGGAACAGACGAGGCGGAAGAGAAAAUCCCUUGGGUUGAUUGUGUAACUGCGGACGUCGAUUCAAGAAACACCAAGAGCAGCGCCCGUUCAUUUCAACGCUGUUUACAUUGGGUCUCUCAAAAGUGGAAAACAACACAUAUAACUGCCCAAAUAUCGGGGGCCAUGGAGUUGAAUGGCAAAGAGGAACUCAAAGGACCCGUGUUACAUAUCGUGGUAGUCGGAUUUCACCACAAGAAAGGCUGUCAGGUGGAAUACUCCUACCCUCCCCUCAUCCCAGAGGAGGGCCAUGACAGCAACAACCUGCCUGAGGAGUGGAAGUACCUGCCUUUCCUUGCCCUGCCUGACGGAGCGCACAACUACCAAGAAGACACCGUGUUCUUCCACCUCCCUCCUCUCGCUGGAGCAGAUAUGAAGUGUGUCUACGGCGUCUCCUGCUAUCGCCAAAUAGAAGCUAAGUCCCUGAAGGUCCGACUGGCUGAUGUCACCAGGGAGACGGUCCAGAAGAGUGUGUGUGUUCUCAGUCAAGUGCCUCUGUACGGUCUCCUCCAAGCUAAACUACAGCUCAUCACACACGCCUACUUUGAGGAGAAAGACUUCUCACAGAUAUCGAUAUUGAAGGAGUUGUAUGAACACAUGAACAGCUCUCUGAGAGGGACAGCUCUAGAGGGAUCCCAAGUGUUCCUGGGUAUGUCACCAAGAGAUUUAAUACUGCACUUUCGACACAAGGUUCUGAUCCUCUUCAAACUGAUUCUGCUGGAGAAGAAGGUCCUGUUCUACGUGUCUCCAGUCAACAGGCUAGUAGGAGCUCUGAUGACUGUACUGUCACUGUUCCCAGGUAUGAUAGAGCACGGCCUGGCUGACUCCUCCCACUACCGGCCCAAGAGCAGCGAGGAUAUCACUACACUAUAUCACUGUGUGUCGGCGGCAGAGGAGGAGUUGGUCUCUGUUUCCGUCACUGACGUCACCAACGCUACCGUGGAGCUAAUGGGGGAGGAGGGCUUCGGAGAGGACCACACCACCUCCACCGUGAAGGCUUCACAGAGGACAUCGCCUUCCCCAGAGACCUGCACCCCAGCUAGGGAGAACACCCAGCUGAAACCUCCCUCCCAGACUUCCCCGGACUCCUCGGAGAGCGACUGGGAGACACUGGAUCCCGGUGUUUUGGAGGAAGGGACUAGAGACUCGGAGACGGGGGGUUCAGGGGCCCUGGAGCCCCCGGAGACUGGUAUCCCCAUCACGGUGCAGCCUCGGGGCCUGUCGGCAGGGACAGGGGGCCAGGGAGCCGUCUCUCAGGGCCUGUCGGCAGGGACAGGGGGCCAGGGAGCCGUCUCUCAGGUCCUGUCGGCAGGGACAGGGGGCCAGGGAGCAGUCUCUCAGGGCCUGUCGGCAGGGACAGGGGGCCAGGGACCCGUCUCUCAGGGCCUGUCGGCAGGGACAGGGGGCCAGGGAGCCGUCUCUCAGGGCCUGUCGGCAGGGCCAGGGGGCCAGGGAGCCGUCUCUCAGGGCCCGUCGGCAGGGCCAGGGGGCCAGGGAGCCGUCUCUCAGGGCUUGGUGUCUGGACUGGAAGAGGAUCAAUAUGGCCUGCCACUCGCCAUCUUCACCAAGGUACCGAACACAUCCGUUCAGCAUUUACUAGAAAGCUCUUUAUCAGCAUCUGUAGAUCUCUCUCACCGUCGACCAAUCAACUAGCAGUGUUUCUCAUCCACAGAGACCUUGACCUGUUUUUUAAAUUAUUCACCUACAUGUUGCCACGGCAACAGCCAA